UUCUCUCUCUUCAGUACCUUUCCCUUCUCUCUCAUCUGCAAACAACACUGUAUGCCUCUGUGUUUUGUUUCUUCCUUCAAUUGGAAAAAAUUUAGAUCAAUUGAUUCCUGAAAUAGCUAUAGAUUCUGCUCCUGAUCUCUCUGCCAUUGUUUCUCUCUCUAAAAUCCCUUCUCUCUUUCUCUCUCAAUCAGCAAAAACAUUCCAGCUUAUUACACUCAUUGUCACUAUUAGUUCAUCCAUUUGUUGUUUCGGCUAUAUGGGUUUCUUUCUUUAUCGUUUUUCUUAGUGAAAUUUAUCAUACCCAUCAACCCAUUUUCGGUUUACAAGCAUUUUAUUCUGAAAAUUGAACUAAAGACACACAAGAAGGAGCUGAAUUUGUUGUUUUUAGCUAUAUGGGUGUCAUUCGUUUCCGUUUUUCUUAGUGAAAUUUACUACACCCAUAAACCUAUUUUCGGUUUACAAGUUUUUUACCUUGUGGGGUUUCCUGCAUUUAAUGCACUGUUACUAGAAAUCCCCCAAAUGGCGUUGCAAUUACUGCAGUUCAGUUCUUAUUAAGAAAUUGGGUUCUUCACUGUUUGAUGAAUUGAUGAAUUUGAGAUGGUCCUUAUUGGGAGGAUUGAGUUUUGGAGCUGAAAGAGUUGGUGAGUUUGAUGAAUGAAUGGGAGGAAUUGGAGCUGAAAAUGGGUUUUUUAGAGAUUUGGGUUUACUGUGAGCGAUAGUUUUGGGGUUGUCAUAUUUUUAUGUCUGUCACUGGUAGAAUGAAUUCAGAUGUCAACAGAGCUAGUGGACUAAUUGAAAGGGAUAUUGAACAGGCCAUAACUGCGCUAAAAAAGGGGGCAUGUUUGCUGAAGUAUGGAAGAAGGGGAAAGCCAAAGUUUUGUCCCUUCCGUCUGGCAAAUUUUUAAUUGAAGGUAAUGCUCGGAGUCUAAAGAAGAAGUCUGUCAUUAUGUUUCAGGACGAGUCUGCUCUGAUAUGGUUUUCAGGUAAAGAGGAGAAACACCUUAAGCUGAGUCAUGUGUCAAGAAUAAUAUCUGGACAGCGCACUCCAAUAUUUCAAAGGCAUCCACGACCUGAGAAAGAGUACCAAUCUUUUUCUCUCAUAUAUAAUGAUAGAUCACUGGAUUUGAUAUGCAAAGAUAAAGAGGAAGCAGAGGUAUGGUUUAGUGGCUUGAAGGCUUUAAUUUCACGAGGGCACCAGCGAAAGUGGAGAACAGACUCAAGGAGCGAUGGAAUUCCUUCUGGUGCCACUAGUCCCAGAACAUAUACGCGGAGAAGCUCUCCUCUGCAUUCUCCUUUUGGUAGUGGUGAUAGCUCACAGAAGGAUGGUGGUGACCAACUUCGCCUUCAUAGUCCAUAUGGAAGCCCACCUAAAACUGGUGUAAAUAAGGCCUUUUCUGAUGUUAUUUUAUAUGCUGUACCUCCCAAGGGCUUUUUCCCUUCAGAUUCUGCUAGUGCUUCAAUUCAUUCUUUAUCUUCUGGAGGUUCAAAUGACAUACAUGGUCAGAUGAAGGCAAUGGGUAUGGAUAAUUUUAGAGUAAGCCUUUCAAGUGCUGUUAGCUCAUCAAGUCAAGGGUCUGGUCACGAUGAUGGUGAUGCGCUAGGAGAUGUUUUCAUGUGGGGGGAAGGGACUGGUGAUGGUGUCCUGGGUGGUGGACCUCAUAGGAUUGACAGUUGUAAUGGUGUCAAAGUAGAUUCGUUGUUGCCCAAAGCUUUAGAGUCUGCAGUUGUACUAGAUGUCCAAAAUUUAGCUUGCAGUGGAAAACACGCAGCACUAGUAACAAAGCAGGGUGAGAUGUUCUCUUGGGGUGAGGAAUCAGGAGGCAGGCUUGGGCAUGGUGUCGAUUCUGAUGUUUUGCAUCCAAAGCUUAUAGAUUCCCUCAGCCAUACAAACAUUGAACUUGUUGCUUGUGGUGAAAAUCAUUCCUGCGCUGUAACACUUUCUGGUGAAUUGUACACCUGGGGUGCCGGAGAUUUUGGUCUUCUUGGGCAUGGGAAUGAAGUUAGUCAUUGGGUCCCCAAAAGAGUAAAUGGACCCUUAGAGGGCAUACAUGUUUCUUAUAUCUCCUGUGGGCCCUGGCAUACCGCUGUGGUGACCUCUGCUGGCCAAUUAUUUACUUUCGGGGAUGGGACUUUUGGAGUUCUUGGUCAUGGAGAUAGAAAGAGUAUUUCAAAACCAAGGGAAGUGGAAUCUCUGAAGGGGCUUCGAACUGUUCGAGCAGCUUGUGGGGUUUGGCAUACUGCUGCAGUUGUUGAAGUCAUGGUGGGGAACUCUAGUUCAAGCAAUUGUUCUUCAGGGAAACUUUUUACUUGGGGAGAUGGGGAUAAAGGUCGACUUGGGCAUGGUGACAAGGAGUCAAAACUUGUUCCUACUUGUGUUGCAGCUCUUGUUGAACCCAAUUUUUGCCAGGUUACUUGUGGACAUAGCUUGACAGUUGCUUUAACCACUUCAGGUCAUGUAUAUACAAUGGGAAGUCCUGUAUAUGGUCAAUUAGGUCAUCCUCAAGCUGAUGGGAAGCUUCCUUGUCAUGUUGAAGGAAAACUCUCAAAGAGCUUUGUGGAGGAGAUAGCAUGUGGUGCUUACCAUGUUGCUGUAUUGACUUCCCGAACUGAAGUUUACACAUGGGGGAAGGGAGCAAAUGGAAGAUUAGGUCAUGGUACUACUGAUGACAGAAAUUCUCCCACCUUAGUGGAAGCUUUGAAAGACAAGCAAGUCAAAAGUAUUGCUUGUGGUACUAAUUUUACGGCAGCUAUUUGCCUUCAUAAAUGGGCGUCAGGGGUUGACCAAUCCAUGUGUUCUGGCUGCCGUCUUCCUUUUAAUUUCAAAAGGAAGCGCCACAACUGUUAUAACUGUGGUCUUGUCUUUUGUCAUUCAUGUAGCAGCAAGAAAUCACUGAAGACAUCAAUGGCACCAAAUCCCAAUAAACCUUAUCGUGUCUGUGAUAAUUGUUGUAAUAAAUUGAAAAAGGUUAUUGAAACUGAUGCUUCAUCUGAGGCUUCCAUGAGUCGAAGAGGAAGCCUGAACCAGGGGUUAACUGAUGACAUAGAUAAAACUACUAAGCUGGAUAUAAGGUCUCGACCUCAUCUAACUAGAUUUUCUUCGAUGGAAUCCUUCAAACAAGUUGAAACCCGCUCUUCCAAACAGAAGAAAAAGUUUGAAUUCAACAGCAGUCGUGUGUCACCUAUUCCUAGUAGUAACUCACAAUUGGGAGCUCUGAAUAGUUCCAAAUCUUCCAAUCAAGUGUUUGCCUCAUCCAAAAAGUUCUUCUCUGCUUCAGUUCCUGGUUCAAGGAUUGUUUCUCGAGCAACAUCACCAACAUCUAGACGGGCCAGUCCACCUCGUUCUACUACACCAACUCCAACAUUGGGUGGACUUACAUCUCCAAGGAUUGUAGUGGAUGAUGCUAAAAGGACAAAUGGAAGUCUUAGUCAAGAGGUUGCUAAAUUAAGAGCACAGGUGGAAACUCUUACACGCAAGGCUCAACUUCAAGAGGUAGAACUGGAAAGAACUAGUAAGCAACUGAAGGAGGCAAUAUCAAUUGCGGGGGAGGAGACAGCCAAAUGCAAAGCAGCAAAAGAAGUGAUCAAGUCACUUACUUCUCAGCUGAAGGAAAUGGCUGAAAGGCUGCAAGUAGGUCCUGGCCGAAACGUCAAAUCUCCUAAAUCAGUUUCCUCCGAAUCCAAUAUUACCUCCAGUGAUAUACCUAAUGGCUGUAUUGACCAAGUUCACAGUCAGCUUACUUUUCAAGAGUUGGAAACAUGUGUAUUUAACAGCCAUUUGCUUUCUAAUGGAUCAAGCAAUGCCAGUAAUCGCAGUGCUGUUCACAAUAGACAAGGGAAUCCAGAGGCAACAACAAAAAAUGGGGGCAGAACAAAAGAAUGUGAUUCUCGUAACGAGAAUGAAUGGGUUGAGCAAGAUGAGCCAGGUGUAUAUAUUACUCUUACCUCCCUACCUGGAGGCGUCAAAGAUCUUAAAAGGGUUCGCUUCAGUCGGAAGCGGUUUAGCGAAAAACAAGCAGAAAAAUGGUGGGCAGAGAACCGUGCAAGAGUUUAUGAGCUGUACAACGUACGCGUAGUCGACAAGGCAAGCAUUGGCACUGCAAGUGUGGAUUUAGCACAUUGAGACAUGCAAAUUACCAUUUGUACAUGAGUUUUCCUUUUUCCUUUUUGGUCCUAACUCAAGUUCACGCCACACAGUGAUUCACAUUAUGUUGAUCAUAUAGGUUUAGUGUUUACAAAUUUGUAGGGAGGAAUCAAGGGUUGGCAUAGAAGUGCUAGGAAUGAAAUGCUUGCUUGUAAGAGUUUGCUAGUUUUUUUCUUUCCCUGAGGACCAGACCAGUAGCGCACAGUUUGAAACUCGGUGGAUAAUAGUCUUGCUCUUUACCUACUUACAUACCUGGCUUUUGUUGGUGGCUGCACCCACACAUCAUGCGCUACGCUCUUACCCUUGGACCAAAGCCUUGUGGGCUUUCUAUUAUUCCAAUGGCUUGACCACUAUUUGUUUUUCCCCUUCCUAAUUGCUGAGUGGGGGAAUAGAGAUGUAGUUUUAGUAGAUUGCUUGCCCUUGUUGGGAGAUACUUCCUUGUAAAUUUUUCCCAAUUUAAUGCAUAUUUGGAUUUCAAAUCCAUACUAUGUUCCUGUUUA